ACCUUUAGGGUGGAUAAUAAAAAAGAAGUUUUUAUUUGGAUAUAAAGGGAGGAGGGAGUCCCAAAAUUUGAAGAGGAUGGCAUGUGAACAGAAGAGAGUCCUUGCUGAGGCUGUAUCUGCUUUUAAAAAGGUACUCUCUUCCAACAAGAAAAACCCUGUAAAUCUGCAAUUGACCACCCUUCUCUCUCCUCAAUCAAUAUGUUGAUAAUCAUCUGCAAAAAAGACAUUUCCUUUUCAUUCCCAGGCAUUAAAUCUCACUCCAAGUAAGUAGUCCAUCAAUCAAUGAAGAGAAACCCAAUACUUCAACUUUAGUUUUUCUUUUUUUUUCCCGUCACUUUUUCGUCGGAUUACACUGUCUGGAUCCAGCAAUCUCAUGCCAUCAUCUGUUCGGUAGUCGCAUUUCCGUUCGUGAAGAAAAAAGGGUAAAAUGGGAACUAGAUUUUACCCAAUUUUUUUGUGUUUGCUUUACAUUCUGCUGCUCUUGGAGGCCAUACCUGCCCAGAUGCCAGGUUUCGUGAGUGUGGAUUGUGGGGGUAAAGAAAGCUACACAGAUGAAAUUGGUCUUGAAUGGACUCCCGAUACUCAAAUGGUAAGCGGAGAAACGGCUAAUAUAUCUAUUACAAAUGAGACAAGGAAGCAAUACCAGACAUUGAGAUACUUCCCGGCGGAUAGCAGAAAGUAUUGCUACACGCUUAAUGUGACUAAGAGGACGAGAUAUCUUAUAAGAGCUACUUUUUUGUACGGCAACUUUGACAACAAUAAUGUAUAUCCAAAGUUUGACAUCUCUCUUGGUCCAACCAAUUGGGCGACUAUAGUUAUUGCUGAUGCUAGUAAAAUAGAGUACGAAGAGUUGAUAUUUCUUGCCACGGAUCCUUCUGUAAGUGUCUGCUUAUCAAAUGCCACCACCGGGCAGCCAUUCAUCUCCACACUCGAACUUAGACAAUUUAACGGCUCCAUGUACCUCACUCCAAGCGAAAACAGUUACUUUCUUAGUGUCUCUGCGAGGUUAAAUUUUGGUGCUGAAAGUGAUGCUCCUAUCAGGUACCCAGACGACCCAUUUGAUAGGCUAUGGGCAUCAGACACCAUCAAGAAAGCAAAUUACCUUGUCGACGUUGCUGAGGGGACUGAAAGAGUAUCAACCCUAAAUCCAAUUGAUUUAAGCGCCGCAAGCGAAUUACCUCCUCAAAAAGUGAUGCAGACAGCUGUGGUUGGCAGGAACGGUUCAUUAACAUAUCGCCUGAACCUAGAUGGUUUUCCUGGUUUUGGUUGGGCAUAUACGUAUUUUGCAGAGCUUGAGGACUUGGGCCCACGCGACACUAGGAAAUUCAGGCUAGUACUCCCAGGAAAUCCUGACAUCAGCAAGGCAGUUGUUGAUGUCCAAGAGAAUGCACAUGGGAAAUAUCGUGCUUAUGAGCCCGGAUUUGACAACCUAUCCUUCCCCUUUGUGUUGUCUUUUAGAUUUGGGAAGACAUCUGAUUCUACAAUGGGCCCAAUAUUGAAUGCCAUGGAAAUAAACAAGUAUCUCGAGAAAAGCGAUGGCUCCUUGGAUGGACCAGUAAUUACGAGUUUUGUUUCAAGCUAUGGAUCAUCACCGUGGGCACAAGAAGGUGGGGAUCCAUGUUUGCCAGCUCCAUGGUCCUGGAUUGAAUGUGACUCUAGUCUUGGCCCAAGGAUUACAUCAAUAAAACUAUCUGGGAAAAAUCUGUCCGGAAAUACUCCGUCAGAAUUUACCAGGCUGAGAAGCUUAACCGAACUAUGGCUUGAUGAGAAUUCACUGACUGGUCCAAUCCCCGAUUUUAGUGGAUGCCAGAACUUGCAGAUAAUGCAUCUUGAGAACAAUCAGUUGACAGGAGAGCUGCCUUUUUUUAUAUCAACCCUUCCGAAUCUAAGAGAGCUGUAUGUGCAGAACAACAUGUUAUCUGGGGUUGUGCCAUCUGGUCUCUUUAACAAGGAUCUGAUCUUAAACUAUUCGGGCAAUGUUAAUCUUCAUAAAGGAAGCAGUGGAAAGAAUCAUAAGAAAGCAAUUACCGGAUCAUUGAUUGCCGCUGUUGUUCUUCUUGUUGCUAUUCUUAUUUCUUGCAUAUUUAUAAAGAGUGGAAAGAAAAAGUACCCUAUGAAAGGACAUGUUGAAAAAUUUUCACCUCCUCGAAGAUUUGCCUCUUCCUUGGAUGGAGCAGCUACUGAAGCAGCACAUUGUUUUACAUUACUUGAGAUUAAGGAGGCAACUAGAGAUUAUGAGAAGAAGGUUGGCUCGGGAGGCUUUGGCAUUGUGUACUAUGGAAAAUUGAAAGAUGGAAGGGAAAUUGCUGUAAAAGUUCUUGCAAAUAAUUCUUUUCAAGGAAAGCGGGAGUUUUCAAAUGAGGUAGCUCUUCUUUCAAGGAUACAUCACAGAAAUCUUGUACAGUUUUAUGGGUAUUGCCAGGAAGAAGGGAAAAAUAUCCUUGUUUAUGAGUUCAUGCAUAAUGGGACACUCAAGGAGCACCUUUAUGUUCCACAAACUCUUGAGCAAAGUAUCAACUGGAUCAAGCGGCUAGAGAUUGCUGAAGAUGCAGCAAAAGGGAUAGAGUACCUCCAUACAGGAUGUGUCCCGUCCAUCAUCCAUAGAGAUUUGAAAACAAGCAACAUUCUGCUGGAUGGGAACAGGAGAGCAAAGGUUUCAGAUUUUGGUCUCUCAAAAAUUGCAGCAGACGGUAUUUCUCAUGUUUCAAGCAUUGUCCGGGGAACUGUUGGGUACCUUGAUCCCGAGUACUAUAUUUCCCAGCAGUUGACUGACAAAAGUGAUGUUUAUAGUUUUGGAGUCAUCCUCCUGGAGCUAAUAUCCGGUCAAGAAGCAAUUUCAAAUGAAAAAUUUGGUGUCAACUGCCGUAACAUAGUCCAAUGGGCAAAAAUGCAUAUCGAGAGCGGAGAUCUUCAAGGGAUAAUCGACCCGACACUGGGGGACGACUAUGACAUCCAGUCAAUGUGGAAGAUUGCAGAGAAAGCGCUAAUGUGUGUGCAGCCUCAUGGGAGCAUGAGGCCAUCAAUUUCUGAAGUUCUAAAGGAGAUCCAAGAUGCACUCGCCAUUGAGAGAGGGGCAGAAGUGGUAAGGGAAGGUGGCAGUUCUGAUGACAUAUCUAAGCAGUCUCUCCAUUCCUCCCUCAACUUAGGCUCCAUUGAUCUUGCUGCAAGUGAGCAUUGCCUCUCCAUUGAUGAAUCAAUCGCCCGCCCCAGCGCCCGUUAGCUUUUUGGUCUGUACAGUAUAUAUACAUAUAUCCAUCUGUAGGAUUGCUUCUUUUUUUUUUUGGUUCCAAUGAAUCAAAUACAGCAUUUAGGAUGACGGAUUUCUUGCCCUGGCCAAAAUUGGGGUGGAUUUAUUCAGUAAACCCCUUUUUUGCAACUAUAUACCAUUAUUUUUUGUGGGUUCUUAUUGCAUGAAUUGUUUCUGUGACUGGCUUUUCAAGUGUUUU